ACGAACGCGGGUUAUGUUCGAAUUGAAAAAUAAAUAAGAAUAUAACUAAUUUUAAUUGGGAGCGAGAAGAUCUGCGUGUUCUUUCUUUUGUGUAUUUAAGGUCUUUUCCCUGACACAACCUACUUCAUCAUUUAUCUUUCUUCUUCUUCUUCUUCCUCUCCUUCUUUUAGCAACACAAACACAGUAAAUUGUUACUUAAAAAAAAAACACAAACACAGAAUUUAUUUAUUAAAGUUCUCCAGAGAUGGCUGUGGGAAUCCUCGAGGUUAAUCUGAUAAGUGGCAAAGGUCUCAAACGCUCUGAUUUUUUUGGUAAGAUAGAACCUUAUGCUGAGAUCCAAUACAAAGGACAAACCCGCAAAAGCAGCGUUGAUAAAGAUGGAGGUAGAAAUCCGACAUGGAAUGAUAAACUAAAAUGGAGAGCAGAGUUUCCUGGCUCCGGUGCCGACUAUAAGCUUAUCGUCAAAGUCAUGGAUCAUGAUACUUUCUCCGCCGACGAUUUCAUCGGCGAAGCUACGGUAUAUGUGAAAGAGCUAUUGGAAAUGGGAGUGGAGAAAGGAACGGCGGAGCUAAGGCCGACCAAGUACAACGUUGUUGAUUCCGAUCUCUCUUUUGUCGGAGAGAUUUUCCUUGGAGUUUCUUACUCUCUUAUGCAAGAAAGGGGAAUGGAAGGAGAAGAUUUUGGUGGAUGGAAGCAUAGCCAAUUUGAUUAGUUUCAAUUCUUUAAUUGCUCGAUUCUCUGUUUUCCUGUUUUACCUUUAGUAUCGACCGACAUCAUUAAGCUCUUCAGAAGUUUAUAUAAAAAAAAAAA